CCCCGCGCGGGAGCUUGUCUGCUUUUGUUUUGGGUCUCCUCUCGCCUCCGAUUCUUCUCCAAUUCUCACGCCUCCCCAACACCCCGAGCUGCGUAUGUUUUGGAGGCCGCGGGUGAGACUGAUUUGAUCGAUUCCCUCCCCAGCUCUCGGGUCGGCGCACGUUAUUACUACCGGUCACAAUGCUCUCCCUUCCACUGAUCACACCCCGCGACUCUCACGAGCUCUGGUUUGGCUCUUCACAACCCUACCGCUCCUCGUCACAACACCACUCAUUCUCAUCCGCCGCAGACACACAAGGAGGGGCCCGUCGCAAUGGCACCAAUACGCCAAAUGGACGCGGAUCGUCCGCCAUCUCAGGAAACAUGCUAUCGUCCCUACUCUUAGAAGAGCGCGCUCUGCGUGCGCGCAAGAACAAUAUCGCCUCGUUCGGAUACUCAUGGAUAAGGCCAGCCGGGUGUCCCAAGACCAUGCUGGGUAUGAAAGAGGAGGAGGCGGAAAGAGAGGAGGCACUGGCUGCCGCCGCUGCGGAGAGGGCAGCAGCGGCAGCAGCGGCGGACGCAGGUAUCGACGGGCUGGAUGAGCUCGGGGGUCAGACACAGGGUACGAUAGACGGUGAAGGACAAGAUGAUACAGACAUGGAGAGAGACUUGGACGACGAUAUUCCGGAUGCGGAUGAAGAUGGGCUGGUCGAAGAAGGCGAGGAAGGUCUGGAAGAGGAUGAUGUUGUGGAUGAGGGGGAGUACAUGGAACGAGAUUUAGACGACGACAUCCCGGAGGCGUUUGCGGACGAUGACGACCUCGACGAGGAAGAUCUGGAGGAAGAGAAUGACGAGUUCAACAAUCAACCAGACCUGGAUGAUGACAUCCCUAGCGCGGUUGAAGAGGAGUAUGGGGAUGAAGGCAUGAGUGGAGAGGAAGACAUGGGUCGGAACUUGGAUGAUGAUAUUCCUGAGGCAGCUGAAGACCGGUCUGAACAGGAAGAGGAAUGGCAACACACAGACACCGAUGCCGAAUUUGACGACGAAGAGGACGUCAGUUUCUCACAUGACCCAUUUACCCAGAGUCUUCGCGCCAGUACAACUAGCAGUCGGGGCCUGCCCCCGCCUCUUGUUCGACGGGAGAGAGAAACGGAGGCCCAACGACGGUUCCUGCAGCGUUGGAGUGGUGGCGGCGAUGCCUUUGACACUAGCAGCAUGCUUGUUGACGAGGAGGAUCUCCGUGCUUCUUUGACCAGUCAGGGAAGUCGACGCAGUUUCUUUAGCCGGUUCCCAAGGCGUCGCACGGGAGGCCCAAGGGACAGUUUCGACUGAUCACAUCUUCGUGGGGUUCCCUCAUGAGAUAUCCCUGUUUAUCCUUGUAUUAUAUUCUACGGGUGUAUAGCUAUGGAGCCCUUGACAUAUGGCGAAUGGGUGGAAUCAUAGAUGCGCAACAUUGAGGGCUGGAGUUAGGGUGGAUAGAAGUCUCAACCUGGUUAAUUGGAAUUCACAU